AUGAACGAGGCGCUGAAAACAAUAGUUAAAUUUUUGGAGCAGUCUGGUCUUCAAUAAUCAGCCCGUAAAUUGAAGGAAGAAAUAAGUAUAUAAGUGACAUAAAUGUUUAAGUAAUGAUGAAAAAUGAAAUUGACUGCGAAAAGUAACAACAAUAAAUGCUUAUGAGUACUAAUAUUUGAAUUAUUGAAAGACAUAAUCUGUUAAGCUUUGGAGUAGAAGAAGAAAGAAAAGAAGAAGCCAGUGAUCGAUAGAUAAGCAGUGCGCAGGAAACCCAAAGUAUUCACAUAAGAGCAGACAGAACAAAUAAUGGAAAAAUUAAUGAAUAGAUUGGUGUCAAAGCCAAACUUAUUAGAAGAUGAGACACUUAACGAGAAGAUUGAACGUUAUUUUGAUAACGCCACAUUCUAAAAGAUGGUGGAUUAAGCAGAUGUCUUUCAUGAUAUUUCAAAUACCUCUAUUUCAAAUUCUAUUCUCAAAAAAAAAAGGACUGAAACAAGUGAGGAGCAAUAAUAGGCUCCUUGCUUUGGCAAAUGUAUUAAAUAUAGUGUUUACAAUUAUUUUAGAGAUUCAAGAGAGUGACUAAAUAGUAUUUGGAAAAAUCCAAUAGCCUUAGCAACAUCAAAAACAAUAAUAGGUUUUGGAAAAAUCACCUUCAGUCGAUGAGUUGUUUACAGAAGAGGAUGUCUCGAGAUCUGCUGCUAAACAUCAACAAUUUGAGGGUAUAGACACUGCUAAAAUGCCAUCCAUCAUAAGACCUGAAAGUGGAUGUAAUGAUUCCUCAUUCUUUCUUCAAAAUUCUUAGUCAUUUGUAUUACACGAUAUGGAAGAAAAUAAAAAUAUAAUAGAUGAAUAUAAUGAUGAUGAUGAUCCUGGAUUUGAUUUAUAUGAAGUUGGAGAAAAGGAUUUCAUAAAAGUGGCUAAGUAAUUGGCAGACAAAUUUGGAUUUCCUUAAAGAGCAAUAGCUUAACUUAAGAAGAAGAAGGAUGAAGUGAAUUGUGAUAAUGAAGAUGAUAGUGCAGUAUUAUUGAAGAGUUAAUAGAAAUCCUAAGAGGAAAGUAGGAAAGGAUAUAUUUAUUUGCCUCCUACAUUGAAACACCCAGACUCUACAGAUGACUUUUAUCCUGUGGAAUUUGAUAGAGUCAUCUAUGAUUGUUUCAAUCUCAAAGUCAUUUUUGAUAGGGAAAGAACUGGGUUUGAAGAAACUAAAGAUUUUCCUAUUGUUAUUAAUUCAAUCAUAGCUGGAAGGUAUCAAAUACUCGAAUAUUUGGGAUCAGCCGCAUUUUCAAAAGCAGUUAAAUGUUUAGAUUUGCAAUCUUAAAAGGAAGUAUGCAUGAAGAUCAUAGAAAAUAAUAAAGAUUAUAUGGAUUAGAGCAUAGAUGAAAUUAAAUUAUUGAGAUAUAUAAAUUGCAAUGGAGAUUGUGAUGCUAAGAAUGUGCUUAGAUUAUAUGAUUUCUUUUAUCAUAAAGAACAUCUAUUUUUAGUUACAGAAUUACUUAAAGAUAAUCUUUAUGAAUUCUACAAAUACUAUAGAGAAAAAGAAAAAGUAAACUAUUUUACAGUUGGUAGAUUAUAAAAAGUAAGUAAAUAUUAUAUUUAUUUAGUUGACCAAACAAAUCUUGAUUGCCUUAGAUUAUAUACAUUCUCUUAAAUUGAUUCAUUGUGAUUUGAAACCUGAAAAUAUAUUAAUGAGAUCUAUAAGCAAAUGUGAAUGUAAAGUAAUUGAUUUCGGAUCUUCAUGUUUCAUCCAUGAUCAUCUAUCUAGUUAUGUUCAAUCGAGAAGUUACAGAGCACCUGAAGUUAUCAUUGGAUGCAAAUAUGAUUAUAAAAUUGAUAUGUGGUCAUUGGGCUGCAUCUUAGCUGAAUUAUGGACUGGAUAUGUUUUGUUUUAGAAUGACACUGUUUAAGGUUUAUUGGCUAGAGUCAUUGGUAUAAUCGGUCCAUUCCCUGAGAAUAUGAUGAAAGAGGGCAGAUUAGUUAAUUAAUUCUUCACUAAGGAGAAACUACUGUAUCAGGAUGCCAUGGAAGAUCAAUAACAACAUUACCCGAACCCUGAUAUGUCAGAUGCCUCAGUCAAGAGAAAAAAGACUGGGUUAAUUUAAAUAUUGGUUCCCAAGAAAUCAAAUCUAAAGGCUAGACUCAAGACUGAUGACAUGUUCUUUUUAGACUUUGUCAAACAAUUAUUACACAUUGAUCCUUCAAAAAGGUAUAAGAAUAAUAUAUGAUUAAUAAAUUAGACCCUCAGCUAAAGAUGCCCUCUAUCACGCCUGGUUUACAUCAGCAUAAUAUCCUGAUGGAUUAUGAAAUAUUAGAC